CAUAAAUGCCAAAAAAAAUUAGUCCUCCGAAUAUUACUGAGGCCGUCGGGUGUAUAUUUCACGAAAAUGGAGAAUCUGCCGGUCUUGGCCGGUGAUGCCACCGUCGAGAGCGGUGCCGGCGGAGGAGGUAGCAAAGACUAUUGCGGGACAUGUGAGGAAGACGACGAGCUGAUGGUUUUGGAUGACGGCAGCGUAAACAGCGACCAAGUGAGCAGUAAGAGGGCGGCGGACCGAGUGAAAGGGCCAUGGUCUCAGGAAGAGGAUGCAAUUCUCAGUAAACUCGUGAGUAACUUUGGCCCUAGGAAUUGGAGCUUGAUUGCGCGAGGAAUUGCAGGCAGAUCGGGGAAGUCUUGCCGCCUCCGCUGGUGCAAUCAGCUUGACCCUGCGGUCAAACGCAAGCCAUUUACUGAGGAAGAAGAUCGCAUGAUCCUCCAGGCACAUGCUGUCCACGGAAAUAAAUGGGCAUCAAUUGCAAAGCUUUUGCCAGGAAGAACAGACAAUGCAAUAAAAAAUCACUGGAAUUCUACCUUGAGACGUCAUUAUGCCGCACUUGAAAAGUUUAAAGGCGAGUUUGGCAACAUGAUGGAAGAUGUUAGUGUAGAAAGAUCUAAAGGAUCGUCUGAUGACACUCAAUCGUGUGGAGAUGUUAAUUCAUCGAGGGAGAAAGGUUUCUCCUCACUUGAAGAUGGAAAAAAUAUGCUACCUGAAGACAAGAUCCAUGAAGCAGUUCAAUGUAGUGAAGAAUCAGGAGACCCACCAACUCUGUUCAGACCUGUGGCUCGUGUAAGUGCUUUUAAUAUUUAUAAUAAUUCACUCGAUGACCAAAAGCUUAAUUCUGGGAUCAGCAAAUUGGUUGAAGCGGCUUAUGGUGAACAAUUGAUUCCUCAUCAAUGUGGUCAUGGCUGCUGUGCGACUGCAACUCAAGGAAAUCAUAAUAAUUCCUUAUUGGGUCCUGAGUUUAUUGACUAUGCCGAGCCUCCUUCCAUUCCGCUCCAUGAAAUUGCCGCAUUAGCCACAGACAUAAGUAAUGUUGCUUGGCGUAAUAGUGGACUGGAAAACGGGUUCAUAAACUUAUUCUCCAAUUCAGCCAGUAAUGAAUUGUGUAGCACCCCUCAUGAAACUUUGGAGGAGAUUAGGAUGAUUGACUGCUCGCUGCUUGAGAAGGGCAACGUAUUGAUGGCAGAUCCAGGUUCAGAUACAAUAACUAGGCAACCUCUACAAGUAUAUACUAAAGUUUGGAAUAUGAGUUAAUUGGGUAAAUUAAUUUGCAUCACUUAUUAUGUGUUGUGUUUGUGCUUAAUAAAACACUCGAUAGAAAUAGCAAAGUUAUGAUUUUUAUCUUAAGUAAGAAACUCUUAGCUGACCUUGCAUUAGCAUGCGGGAGCUUUUGAGAUUUGCAUCAGGCACCUAGCUGCUUGCUUGUUGUUUUUCAUUUCGCAAGAAAUGAGUACAUACAUUUUUCUUAUAUGUACAUUUUUUCCACUCUUAGUCCCUAC